AUUUACAAUCCCAACAAACUUCACAAAGAAACAGUAAGGAUGACAUAUCCAUAAUUAAUUGUUGGAGAAAGUAACAAGAGCUUCGCCUUAAAUAAUCAAAGACGUUAGCUACGUAUCUCUGUGUGUAUAUAAUCAUAGAGUAACACUAGUAUAAUAUACAUGCCCUUUUGUGUAUAUCACACUGUUGUGUUCUUGUUGUGAUCAUCUUCUUGGAACCCCUCAUUUUGAUUUUACAUACUAUAGGCUUUUUUAUUUAUAUAUGUGUUUGUAUAAAGAUGGUGAAAUUCGAAUAAAGCUGUCUUUUUUAAUCUGUUUUUCAAGAAAUUGUUGUAAAGAUAGCUGCUUUUAUUUACUGUUUUGAUAAAGUUUGAGACUUUUUUGGGUUUGAUUAUAUAAAGUUUCAAUCUUCUUGGGUUUUGUGUUUGAGGGGUUUCGAUUUUGUAAAGUUUAAGUCUUUCUGGGGUUUGUGUUUUGUGGGGUUUGAUUUCAUGGCUGCUGGUGCAGAAAUGAAUGGUGAGGCAGCUGUGGCAGCUCCAGUAGCUGAUCACACUUCUUCACCUGAAACCAAUGAUUCUGGUAUUGGUUCCGGUGGAAAUGCUGUAUCUGAGACUCAUGUUGUUAAGGAUUCUGAUUCGAAAUCGGGGUUUCGUAUGCAACACAUAGUGAAUAUGUUGUCCAAUUUGAAGCUUAAUCCCAUGGCUAAAGAGUUUAUCCCUUCUUAUUGCUUGAAUUAUCGGAGUCCUGAUCAGUUUUCAGGGAAUUUCUUUGUGCCAGCUGAUAAGAAUUCAGCGAAUGAUGGUUUCCCUAAUAACAGAAAGAGAAGAAAUGGCUUUAGCCAAGGCAAGAGGCGUCUCAAUGGGAGAGCAUUCAGAGCUCAAAGAGAAGAUAGCAUUCGACGAACAGUAUAUGUAUCUGACAUUGAUCAUAAUGUGACUGAAGAGCAGCUUGCUGCUUUAUUUUGUGGCUAUGGACAAGUUGUAGAUUGCCGGGUGUGUGGUGAUCCACAUUCACAUCUUCGUUUUGCUUUUGUAGAGUUUGCUGAUGAGUUCUCUGCUAGAGCAGCACUUAGCCUUGGCGGGACACAGCUGGGGUUUUCUCCGGUUAAGGUCUUGCCUUCAAAAACUGCUAUCCUUCCUGUGAAUCCGACAUUUCUUCCCAAAUCAGAGGAUGAACGUGAGAUGUGUGCAAGGACAGUCUACUGUACAAAUAUUGAUAAGAAGAUUUCUCAAGCUGAUGUGAAGGCCUUUUUUGAAACAAGAUGUGGCGAGGUUUCUCGCCUGAGGCUUUUGGGUGAUCACGUGCAUUCAACUCGUAUCGCUUUUGUUGAGUUUGUUUUGGCCGAGAGUGCCAUCAUUGCGCUGAAUUGUUGUGGACAGAUUAUGGGAUCCCAACCCGUCAGGGUCAGUCCAUCCAAGACACCUGUCAGGCCACGAGUUACUCGCCCUGGUAUGCAUUAAAUGACUAUUGCAGUCGGAGAUCUAUAUUCUAUGAAAUGAAUGAGGUUAGAUGAAUAUCAUAGUCCGAGAACCCCUGAAGGAAUGAGGUGUAUGCACGGUCAAGAAAGAGAAAGGAUAAACUUUUGUUUUGAUCAAGUGGUUUUGAAACUUUCUUUGUUUCAGUUAUUUCCAUCUUUUCCAUAGCAAGCAGUACUUCCUCCACAACCAAAACAUCUUGUGUCAGACCGGCCUUUUCAAUUGAAGUGUUGAAGGGGGCCAUAGCGAUGUUUAGUUUUCUUCUAUUACUUAUUUAUCUAUUUUGAUUCCAAAUUCCAAACUAAACUAGGUCCUUUGAUAGCAGAAAUUGCAAUCCAUUGCUAAUGCUGUUACCUGUUAGUUUCCACAACACUCUUCUAUGAUUAGCAAGUCCAGAUCAUGCUUAUGCAGGUGCUUUAAAUCUUA